AUGCGCCUCACUGUCCUCAACCUCACGGACGACUCCGUGGUAUUCUCAUAUGGCGAUGGCCGUGAACUCCUCGCCCUUUCUUCCCGCCCCACCACAAUAAAUACCCCCAAACGAUGUUCAGCCGCUAUAUACCUCGGACGCGAGAAACACAUAGACUGGGCGACGGUGAACUUCCAAGUCUCAAACACGAAUGGCUCGUGGAAGAUGCUAUCCACUCCCGAGGACUCUCUUUGGCGUUUAUACCUCUGCAAGGUCGCGCCCCAACAUCGCAAACUCGUCAUUAUUCCCCGCCGAUCCCUACCUUCAUUCCUCUCCCCGAUACCCGACAGUGUGCCCAUUUCAAGGCUGCUGCUUCCUGGAACCCACGACACAAUGGCUUUUUACGGUUGGCCAUUCAGCCAAUGCCAAUCCAUCUCGACACCACUCGAUGUGCAAUUCCGGUCCGGAAUCCGCGUACUCGACAUCCGGCUUACCGACGUGAACGGCCGCCUCAUCGCCUACCACGGUGCAUACCCACAGAAGACACCCUUCCAAGAUAUUCUGAUUUCCGUCCACAACUUCCUCACCUCGCCGGAGGGCUCGCGGGAAACGAUCGUCAUGUCGAUCAAGCAGGAAGCGCCCUCUGUUGUCUUCUCUCAGCUUGUUCACGACGAGAUUUACGCCGGCGCGGGCGGCCGUGACAUGUGGUUCUUUGAAUCCCGCAUUCCAACCCUCGGCGAGGUACGCGGUAAGGUCGUGCUCUUCAGCCGCUUUGGUAACGGCGAUGGGUGGGAGAACGGGCUAAACGGGAUGGGCAUACAUCCCACGCGCUGGCCAGACAGCGAGAAACGGGGCUUCAAGUGGAUGUGCAACGACACUGUUGUCCGCACGAAUGACUGGUACCAUAUACCCUCCUUCCUGUCGAUUCCAGAGAAAGUCGCGCUUGCAACUGGCGUGCUCGAGCCCCGUCCGUCAGACAAGGAGAUUCCCGCGCUGCCGAUAACAUACUUCUCUGCGUCCAGCUUCCCACUCGCGGCGCCGCAGACUAUAUCGCAGGGUUUCGGCUGGCCGCGAUGGGGGUUGGGUGUUGAGGGCGUGAACAAUCGGACGGGCAAGUGGGCACUCGACCGGCUCAGCAACAACGAGGAGAGCUUGCGGAUACGUGGCUGGACGUUCUUGGACUACUACGAGGAGCCCAAGAACUCGCUCGUUCCGCUUUUGGUUGAGUUUAACUUCCGGGGGAGGACCGAGGGUGAGGAGGGUUGGCAGGCGUGA